ACAUGUGUUUAGGGCACUCAAGUGUUUCAAAACCAUUUUUUCGAACACCUUGUGAUCAUUUUUCGGCAACCAUUUGUUUAGCGUUUUUGCAAAGCUCCAUUCCAUACAGGAGCCACUUAUUCUCGGAAAGUUUGUUUGCAACCAGGCUCUAAGAAUGUUGAAAGGACGUUCGUGCAUUUUUUAAAGAAAGUUAGUGAUCUUGUGUUUAAAAGAGAUCCUUCGUCCCUGAUAGUUGGUUGACUAGAAACCAUUGUGACCGUUUCAAAAAAGCAGUGCAGCCUAAUUUAUCAUUUGCUUUUGGCGUGCUUUCGAUCAAUGAGAGCGUGACCUGUGCAUGCAGUGCCCAAGCACGACAACGUGUCCUGCAACACCGUUCUGCCCCAACACCAUUACACCAUGCACGCCAAACACGCCGUGCACGGCAGCACCCCCACCGCCCGGCGUUCCGCAGCAGCCACCCGGCGUUCCGCAGCAGCCGCCUGGCAUUCCACCGCAGCCGCCCGGCUUUCCACAACAGCCGCCGCACCGUCGGCGAAGCGGGCCUAAGCAACACAAGCUGAGGCACCAGAAACACCUACGAAACCAGCACAACCGGCACGGCGAGCAGCUGCGGAACCACAAGACAAGGCAGCCUUCUGAGGACGGGGAAGAAGCGUCGCGUAGCGCAGGCUCAGGGACGCGCCAUGAUGAGGCCAGCAAACAGGAGAGCCACAGCGCGCAGUCCAUCAAAGCGGGCCGGCGUUGCCGCGAGGGCAACCAGUGCGACGACGGCCGGUCCUGCCCGUCGCGCGGAAGGUGCACCGGAGAUGGCCGCGAAUGCGACGCCGACCACGCCUGCGGCAGUGGCAAUGAGGAAGGCAGCGAGUGCGAGCGCCGCUGCCCAGUUAAAGGUCCCAAGGAGGCACGACAACAGCACAAAGGCCAAUCCUCGACGACCACAUCCUCAAGUCUCCCAGAAGCCUCUCACGGGAAGACAGAUACACAGCAUGAAGCAGGAAAAACAACCACAACGGCAGAGCCAAGCACACAGCAGAAGACUGCAGAAACAAGCAAAAGUCAUUAGUCAUUUGUUGACCCAAUGGAAAAGACAAACGCAGGCUGUGCAAAAGCUGAACUUGGUGCUUUCCACCUUUCCUGUAUCCAGUUUCCCUCACACACACACAGCC